AAUCCACAUGUUCCCAAAACACACACAAGCUUCUUCUGUCUUCGGUCUUCCUCAUCCAUCGCCCCAGCCCAGCCCAUACCGCCGUAGCCACCUCGCCGCCACAACCAUUUCAAACAACCAGCAAAUCGCCGCCGUGAGCAGAGCGGAUCUGGUUUCGUAUCGUCUGCUCAUCAACGCAAACCCGGCUGUGGUGCUUAACCGUAGCGGUGGCGGCGGCGACUUCAAAGGGUAUUCCGAUUACCAGAAAAAUCACUAAAUCCCCACUGCAAUGGAGGCGCUAAUUGCGUCGUACGGAGACUCUUCCUCCGAUUCGGAAUCAGAAUCUCAACCGCCGAUUGAUAACCGAUCACCACCGGUAACCGUUCUUCCGCCACCGCCUAUCGACCUUCUCAAUCCUCCUAAUACACUCGGAACAUUUGAUUACUUGGAGCGUAAUUCGGAUAGCAGAAUCCGGAGUUUUCCUCAUAUUGAGGGCAAUUACGCCUUACAUGUUUACAUUCCAGUCUUCAUACCAUCCGAAAGAAAGAAGGAGCUGACACAGUUUUUAAAGAAAGCCACAUCACUUGUACAAGGUCUUCAUGUUGUGGAUAUUGAUGUUCCAUUACAUAUGCUGCUAAAAGAUGAAGAAAAAAUGGUACAAGCUGCGUUAGGAAGAGAGUUUCACAUAAGUCUUGGAAGAACCGUUCCCAUACGCGUGCAUCAAAUAGACUCAGCCGUGGCGAUGCUUCGUCAGAAGCUUCAGUUUCAGAAACGGUAUUUGAUUGAUUUUAAUAAGUGGGAGGUUUUUGUGAAUGAUGAUAAGACCCGUACAUUUCUUUCGAUUGAAAAUACAACAGGAGGUCUAGCUGAGAUAACGAAACAGAUUCAAGCUGUUAACGAGGUUUAUAAGUUGCACAAUCUACCCGAAUUUUACAAGGAUCCACGACCUCAUAUAUCCAUUGCUUGGGCGGUGGGGGACAUCAGUCAGUCGUUAAAAAGAGUAGUCGAAGGAGAAAUGAAGACACACAUCAAUGUUGGAGGAUUGUCAAUGAGAUCUAUGUUUACGUGCAAGUUCAGUAAUAUCGUGUGUAAAGUCGGUAAUAAAACCUAUAAUAUAUGUGGAUCUCAAGGACAAUGAAGAUCAAUUAACUUUAAUUUCACCAUCUUGAGAAUCAAUGUUAAAAUAUUCCCUGUUCAUGUUGCUGCUGCAAUCAAAAGAGAGAUUACGAAGCUAUGGUGCACAGAUGGUCAUCAAGGCAAGUUUUUAAUCUUGAAUAUAUCAAGUUUGAAUCAUAUCAUGUUUUGAAGAAGACGCCUUUCGAGUCCUUAUUGCCAUUAUGUUUUUCUAAAUUACCUUUUUGUAGAGUUGCUAUAAUAAUUGACAAUGAGUCGUACACUAUUGUAGAGAACCAAUUUUAAGUAGAUGACUACAAAACCCGCAUAAACACAUCAACCUGUUGCUUUAUUAGUGAUACAUGACGGUUAUGUAACUACUAUAUCUGAUUAGCGUUCUAUACAAGUGUUUAUGCGGCUCCCAUGGUUCUCUACUUAAAAUUGAACGGUAAUAUGGAUAAAAGUUGUGUUUCAUCG